GGCAGCGGAAUCUGCGGACUACCCAUCGAAAUCGGAAGGUGCAGAGGCAUUCUACCCCGUUUCCACUUUGACGCUAGUACGGGAACCUGCGAGUAUUUUGAAUUCGGCGGAUGCGGUGGCAAUGGGAAGAAUUUUAAAACUGAGGCGGAGUGUUUGGCAAACUGCAGUAGUGCAGUAGUCCUAUUUGAUGUCUGCUUGCCGCCCGCCGACAAGGGUCCAUGCAAACGAAACACUAUUCGCUAUCACUUUGAAAGAUCAAGCGGUGGCUGCAAACAGUUUAUUUACGGUGGCUGCCGCGGCAAUGGAAACAGGUUUCGUUCCGAGGCAGAGUGUCUGGCAACAUGCAAAAGUUUGGUUGACUUGCUGGGAGUAAUCGAGCCCUCGCCGGAUCUUCAGUUUCCUCGGCAUGUGAACAUCAAUUCUGCCUCUUCGGAAGGGAAGCAAGACGACACGCAAAGACCCACUUUGAACCAAAGCUGA